AUGGGUGAGUGGGAGGAAUCGAGGAUUUUGAGAGCCAUCGUCACCAAAGACAGCUUUCAAGCCGUGGCGAAUCGCAGAACAAUUACCCACGCUGUGAUCGAGCUCUACGUAUCGGCUAAGCGCGAAUUGAUUCGCUUCAUUAUCGACAACCGCAUCCCAGGUGUGAAGUGUUUAGUGAUGGUCGCUGACGUUUGGAAGGCAAAGAGCUCGUGCACGAAGUUUCUUGGACUUCGACUGUACUGCGUCACUGCAGACUUCAAGCUCGUCUCCGUCUUGCUAGGAACGCGACACUUUCAAUCUCUCUACGACCUCUUCGGCGCGACUACGGACGGUGGUCCAGACGUUCAGCCCAUGAUGACAUCGAACCUGAUGCUCUCAUGGGAGUGGUGCAUGCCUCACCUAACCAACGCGGCAACUAAAGCAGCGUUUGGGAUGACGAGCAAUGUAGCAAAGUCCAAGAACCCCGAGAUACUUCAGCUGCUGAAGAAGGUGACGCAAACUGUCUACCAAGUCCGCACAGUGGAGGUCAUGGGCGACUUGUACGAGCAGCUUGUCCGCCUCCUUGGCGUCGGAAAGGAGAAGAAGCUGAUUGACUAUAAGCCGCAUCGCUUCAUGAGCCUUACGCGCGUCUUUGAGCGCAUUGUGAAGCAUUGGAACCGCUCGGCAGAAAAACCGAAUCAAGUCGACGUUCUCGUCUCUGCGUACAAGGUUAUCGUCACGACACUUGGCCCCGAGGCAUCAAUACGCAAGUAUGAUGCUAUGCGAGAGAACCCGACUUCGUAUCACCACAGUACCCUCAUGCCGCUUGUGGUCAAGACCCGAGAGUUGCUGAGUGACGCUUUCCACGCUCGCUUUUUUUCGCGCUACACUGACCGCGAAGUGAUGCGAACGUGCUCGUACGUGUGGGAGAUGCAAAUGCUGCUUCAUCCGAAUCUCAAACAACCCGACGGCGCGUUGAUGGAGAUGGUGAAAACCUGCGGCAAGCUGCGCCGGCUGGAUGACGAUGUCAUUCGGCGCAACCAGUCAGUCGUGAAGCCUACUGUGAAGCAGAAGCUGAGGUCUAUCAUGCGAGAUCUAGCGCCACCUUGCACCGAGCAGAUCAACAUCUCGCCGCAGCAGAUACCAGGAUAUGUCUCCGAUGCCUUCUCGGACGAUCUAUCGGAGCUCUUCAAUAUCCGUACCAUUGCCGCAGAGCCAGCUACUCCACAACUACUUCACGAAGAGGUCAUGGAUGAAGAACUGGAGCGCUGGUUUCGCGAUCCGUCACUUCUUCAGGCAACAGCCAAAGGCCCAGAGUCGGUGCUGCACGUUUGGAAGCGUCAACAGGAGUCCGGCACCUACAGAUUCUUACCAAGCGCGGCUCGGAUCGUUUUUGCCGUUUCUGCAUCGUCCGCUCAAAUUGAACGCGACUUCGGAAUCAGCGGUCAAAUGGUUACUGUGCAGCGAGCAUCACUGUCCUCAGAGAACAUUGACAUGUGCUCCUUCCUGAAUCGGAACAGGGAAUUCAUUGAUGUAACGCAGUGCUCAAAGCUGACAGCGGAGGAAGCACGAGAAUCCGUUCCUGCAAACGUCACGGUGAACCUUGACCCUCAAACGGCGAUGGAAAUGUUCGAGAGCGACUGGCAGCUGGCCUUGGUCAGCUCUUUCUCUGCGCAUAUUUCGACUAAGCUCUAA